UGUAGCAGAGCGAAAAGGCUUUCUCGGGGCAACCAGCCGACUGGCCACUUCGCUCGGAUGGAGCUCGGCAUGUUUACCUGUUCGGUUUGCGUUACAUUUUCAACCUAAAAAAAUAUUUCUUUUUUGUUUUAAUGCUUCAUUCAUACACGCAGCGCACGCUUUAGCUAUCUCUGCUAUCUUCGUUUCGCGAUUUCUCUUGUGUUGCUAAGCUAGUUUGGCUAUCAUGCUAGUUCGCUAGUUAGCUUUGUUGCUAAAAAAAAAAAAAAAACAAGGAAGGGGUUUUAAAAAAGUCAGGUUUGUUUUGUUUUAUUUUUUUAAUUAUUUUGUGUAGUUAAUUCCACCUGAAACUGACCUGUGCGGUAAUUCUGGGUUGUUUCUUUAUAUUUUUACUAUCGUAAAUAUUUGCAAGCCCUCCAUAACCGCUGCGCGUUUGCAGAAAGUGAACGCUGCAUCAUUAUUAUUCGCUCGGAUUUUUUCCUCUCUCUCGCUCUACGUUUGUAUUAUUCUUUUUUUUUAAUCUGUAACUUUUAUUUUGUUCGUGUCUAUUCUUUAUUUUUUCUAAACAUCAGUAUAGACAAAUAUUGAAUAUUGUACUGCUUUCAAAGUUGAUGUAUUAACGCAAUUAAGCUUUUUUUUAAACGGACAAAAAACGAUGCUGUAUUCACUGGCGGUCGGAUUUCACAGAGUCAAUGCGUUUUUAGGAACUCUUUCUAUUUGGUUAGUUUAAAGCUUAUUUUAUUUUGUUAUAAACUCCUCAUUGUUUAGUGUACGCAGGUUAACACAGAACAAUCUGUAACACAAAGAGAACUACCUUUCUAACACUUCCAAGUGUUCAAAACAGUAUUAAAGGUGCGCUUGGUGUUUGUUUUUGCGCAUGGUCUCACACUCGGACACUUAAACUCCAAUAUAUUUUUGGUUUAUUACCUAAUUUGGGAGCUUGGUUGUUUUUUAAACUAAUCUGAAAGAAGCAUGGACGAUCAUCAGACCCGCAUGCUGUCGGGACUAACCGGGCUCGGGGGACUGGGUCAGGGCGACCCGAACGACCCGGAUCCGGUCCGGAAGCAGCAGGACAUCGGGGACAUCCUGCAGCAGAUCAUGGCCAUCACAGAUGAAAGCCUGGAUGAGGCCCAAGCCAGAUGCUGGCCAGAGGAGGGACGAGGCGACCCCACACAGGCAGGGGGAGCCGGGGGGAGCGCGGCAGGGGGGGAAUGCACCCUGCCGCUCGACUUCCAACACAGAAAACAUGCGUUGAACUGCCACAGAAUGAAGCCGGCUCUCUUCAGCGUGCUGUGCGAGAUCAAAGAGAAGACGGUGUUGAGCAUUCGUGGCGUGCAGGAGGAGGACCCACCUGACCCCCAGAUCAUGCGUCUGGAUAACAUGCUGCUCGCCGAGGGAGUUUCCGGUCCCGAGAAAGGCGGCGGAUCGGCGGCUGCAGCGGCUGCAGCGGCGGCUGGAGGAUCUCCAAACGACGGCAGCGUGGAGCACUCGGACUACAGAGCCAAACUUGCUCAGAUCCGUCAGAUCUACCACUCCGAGCUGGAGAAAUACGAACAGGCCUGCAGCGAGUUUACCAACCACGUGAUGAACCUGCUGAGAGAGCAGUCACGCACACGGCCCAUCUCACCCAAAGAGAUCGAGCGCAUGGUGGCCAUCAUUCACCGCAAGUUCAGCUCCAUCCAGAUGCAGCUCAAGCAGAGCACCUGUGAAGCCGUCAUGAUCCUCCGCUCACGCUUCCUCGACGCCAGACGCAAGAGACGCAACUUUAAUAAGCAGGCGACGGAGGUGCUGAACGAGUAUUUUUACUCGCACCUGUCCAACCCGUACCCCAGCGAGGAAGCUAAGGAGGAGCUGGCCAAAAAGUGUGGCAUCACUGUGUCUCAGGUCUCUAACUGGUUCGGGAACAAGAGAAUUCGGUACAAGAAGAACAUCGGCAAGUUUCAGGAGGAGGCAAACCUGUACGCAGUCAAAACAGCAGUGGACGCAGCCAACGUUUCUGCACAGGCCAGCCAGGCCAACUCCCCCGCCACGCCCAACUCAGGUGGAUACCCAGCGCCGUGCUACACACCUGACGGCCGGCUAUGAGGAGCGGUCAGGAAGUGCCCUUUACACCCCACACUGCCUAGACGCCAACAGCAGCUGGCAGGAAAACCCCAUCACUCCUUAACCCGUACAUCCCAGCAGCGUCUAAUCACAACCCUGCAACCGAGAGAGACACAGUAAUAUGACACAGUCUUACACACACUUACACACUUAAAGGACCUCAGCGCUUCCACCAGUCCAACUCGGCUUCCUCCUGAGACCGGCCUUUUGUUUUACAAGCUCUCGGACACACCACCACUACCGAGCCCCACCUACACACACUACACACACUGCACACUACACACACAGAGACACGUUUGCUGACACACUCCCUCACACUCGUUUGAGUUCGGACUUAAUUGGACAGUCACCCAGGAGUCUUUGCUCUGCCCUUCCUGAGGCUGAAACACAGGAAAAGGAAAAAGAAAGGUCACACGUCAGAGCGUUGUUCUCUGCGCCGGAGAGAUGUGUGCGUGUGUGUGUGAGAGGGACAGAGAGAGCCUCCCACACACACACACACACACACACACACUUACUAAGCCAGCUACAACCACAGUGAAGACCACACAGGAUCUCCUAACCGCCUGCUUUUUGAACCAAAGUGCUGUUUAGUGUCACAUGUCCAUCCAUCCGUCUGUUUGUCCAUUGGAGACCUGUCUCGGACAGCUGCAGCACGUAAAAUACCACGCAGGUUCUCCUCGACCCCCGUGUUCAAUCGAUUUCCAACGCUGCACACUCCCCAGCUGCCUACGCCAGUAAGGUCAUGGGUUCACAAGGACAGCGCUCACGUGCGUUUAUCCUCAGUUGCCGUCUUCCUGCUUUUCUAUUCUAAAAAUACAAAAUCUAUAUCUGUGUAUGUGAGAGAGGGGGGGAAAAAUAGCUAAGCACAACUGUUCGUGACUUUGGAGAAGUUUUUAAUCCCACAGGAGUGGAGGAGAGGGCAGGUCUGUACGGGAGCGGAGGGGGCAAGUCGUGUGAAUCAUACACCCACAGGCUAGAGUUCUCGCCGGCCCUUUUUUCUUUUUGUUUCUCUCUGUUUAAAUAGCUUAGAGGCUUUUAAUAGCUUUUUUUUCCCUUACAGUGUAUAAUGAGACUUCUGUAUAACUAGAGCUGUGCUUACAAUUCAGCCCACUGAACACUUCUGUUGCUGUUUUCUUUUAUUGUUUAAGAGAAGAAAAUAAGUCUUCCAUUCACGCAUGUGUUCUAGAAGAGUCCUUGUGUAGCUUGUUUGUUUUUUUUAUUUUAAUUUUUUAAUAUCUACAAGCAGUUGUAUGUGGAGUAAAGAGAACGUACUGGAACGACAGACCCACAAAAAUAAAACACAAUGAAAUAAAAAAGGUCUCUCGCACUUCACAGAGCACUCUGGCCCUCCAGGACGUUUGUACAUCUGAGUUGAACCUGAGCUUCAGAGGCUGCGUCGACCCGGCUUACGUGCUUCCAAACCAAAAAAAUGAAAGUGAGAUGAAAUCGCGAAACCUAAGUGGACACAGAAACCCACAGAGGGGAAGUGGGUUUGGAUUUUAAGCUCAUGUGUGGUGUUUUUUUUUUUUUUUUUUUUUUUUUUUUCUUCCCUUCUUUCCUUUUCUUUAUUUUUUUCGUCUCGUUGGACUUUUUUUUUUUUUUUUUAUCUGAUUGUAUCUUUCUCUACAUUUGACGGAAAGUUUGCAUACUGUGAUGCUAGCAUGCCUCAUCGUCCCAUAAAGGAAAAAAAAAACAGAUCCUUUAACCUGGCUGAGCAACAAGAACAAGGGCUCUUCUCGUUUUCGAAGUCGAACCAAAAAUGCGCGUCUUGGUUUUUAUGCUCAGUAGAUUGCAGCACGCACUGAGGACACAUUAAAGCGUCAUCACGUUUCUGACACAGGAAGAACGGAAAUAAAGUGUGGACUUUCGUCUCUUUCGCGCGCUUUCUCUCUCUCCAUCAUUCCUUGUUUUGUUUAGUUUCUUUCGCCCUCUUUAUAACACUGACCACCAGGGUGUCCUGAUGUACGAAUGGAAAUUGUUACGCAAUGAACUUGAAACCUGAAAUGUAAGAAGGAUUUUGUGUACACACACACACACACACACACACACACACGUAUACACAGACAUGACUCUGGAAAAAAAAAAAAAGACCUUUUUACCCACAUCUGUACAGAUUAAUGUUACUUAAAACAUUUCAGCUGGCUGGCUUUUCUUCUAACUAAUGCUAUUACUACACCAAAAUAUUUUUUUUAUUAAUAAUAAUGAUAACAAUACUUGUUUUAUUUUUGUUGUUGUUGUUUUUUGUCCAUUUUGGUUAGUUUUUUUUCUCCUUCCUCCUUUCCUCCUUUUUGUACUCGUCAUCACCGGAUGUCAUUGUACAGAUUGUGGAAUGUUUAAGUGUAUUUCGCUUUUUAUAAAAUGUACACGUUUGAUUUGACUUUCAAUUUUUUUUCGACUUUACUCCGCUAAUGACUGGGAGUGUUUGUACUUUGUAAUGUUGUCGAGUUUGAUUUGGGGUUUUAUUUUUUUUUAAAUCCUUUUGUGUUUGGUGCAGUGACGUUUUUUCCCCCUUUAAAGCCCCCGCCGGUUGCAUAUCGUGUUUUCCGUCUGGUGUCUGUUGGAAGCGUUACAGGGUUUCUUGCGUAUCGGGUCGUCUUCCAGAGGCUUCACAACACACGACAAAUAAAAGGCGAAAGGGUUACAGCUGCAGUCGCAGGCCUGGAUUUUUUUUUUUUGUGCAUUUACGAGUGUGCUUGCUUGCUCAACAGGAGAUUCAGCCUCCCAGCGACUCCUCCCAGCAGCUCUGGCCUCUUGUUUUGUCCUGUAAAAAGGCUUUUGUGCAGCUGCCAAGCGUCCAACGUUUCCAUUCCAGAAACUCACCCGUGGUUUACGACAGCUUUAAGCUCUCUUCGCAGCUCCAGCAUGAACGAACAUGUUCGCGGUCACACACGCAAACACAUACACCAAGAUAUCACCACAAAUUGUUGGAAUUACUUAAGAAAAGGCCUUGCAUCCUGUUUUUACCCGAAACAGGAGGAUGGACAUAAUCACAAUCAGCUGAUUAUUAUUUUUUUCAUACACGCAGUUUAAUCCUGACUCACACCAGCGUUUCAGAGACUGCAAGUCCUGACCCACAUUCUGUUCCCAACUCAAUCGACUCGUGUGUGUAUACGCACACAGACAAAUACUCUUCGAUCAUGUGACGAGGUUAAAUCUCACUGCACCAAAAACAUCAGAUUUGUGGUUUUGUUACAUUUUUAUUUUGUUUUUUACUUGUUUUUUGCGUCCCCUUUAGAUCUGUAGUAUAUCCUUCCUUCCUUGCUCCCUCCCUCCUGUCUUUUCUGCUCCUGUAUUCAUCACUCCUCCUUUUCUCUCCCUCUCCAUCUCUCUCUACCUCUCCCCUGUUCUCCAUUUCUCUUGUAUAUAAAACCCUGCCAUUUUCAGACUUGUUAGUCUGGUAUGAACUCCUUUUAUACCUCAACUUUAGAACUGUUCUAGUAAGAGAGAAAAAAAACACAAAACAAAGGAAAUAUGAAAAUUGUAGUGUUCCUUAUUAGAAAAUUGAAAACUAAUAAAAUAAUCUAGUGUGCUUUU